GAUUAGAGUGAACUAUAUAAGAUUCAGUGGAACUCAGAGAGGCAGAGCAAAAUAUCUGAACAGACAACCUUGCCGCUUCUGUAACAGAAAGAGACCUCCAUUUGGAAAGAAUGUUGAAAGGAAUAUUCCUCUGUGUAUUACUUGCUGUGCUCUCUGCAAACUCAAUGGCACAGCCAGUAGGCUCUGCAGAUGCAGAUGAGAUGAUUGAACGAGAAGUUCGGGGAUUCAUGUCUAAAGUUGCAAAUUUUGCCAAAAAAUUUGCAAAAGGUGGUGUAAAUGCUAUAAUGAAUCAAAAACGAGAAGCAAUGCCUGUCAACAGUGAUGACUUCAAUUCUGCUCAUUCCAAGAGAUUUAUUGGGGCGCUUCUUCGUCCAGCGUUGAAGUUGCUUGCUGGAAAAUAACGCAAAAUUAAUUGAAGAUAUUCCCUGGUGUGGUAAAUGAAUAAAAUGGGCAGAUUUAUCUUGAGUCACAGUGCUGAAGAUCCUUUUUUGAGACACUUCAGACCUACAUCAUAUACCCCUUUUCAUGUCCAGAGGAAAUAAAAUAAAAUAUAUAUCAGCAA